GAUGUUUGGUUGCCUAGUUACGUUAAAGUCAACCUCUAAAUUUGGAUAACGUUAGCUCGUGUGAGACAUUAUCUGCACAUUUCUCUUCUUUAAUUAAUAAUUUUUACCCUGAAAAUGACUGAAUUGCAAUGCUACAAUCGAGGCUGCGGUAAGAAAUAUAUAGCAGAGGAAAAUACUCCAGAAUCAUGCCAGCACCAUCCAGGUGUACCAUUCUUUCAUGAUGCCUAUAAAGGCUGGUCUUGUUGUAACAAAAAGUGCAUAGACUUUACGGAAUUUCUUAAUAUUAAGGGAUGCACCUUUUCAAUGCAUUCAAAUGUCCAGCAACCAGAGCCUGAAAAGCCCAAAACAGAUAAUAUUCCAGAUUCUGAUGUAAUUGUAGUACAGCCAAUUACUAAAACUAUCGUUGAACGUCCGCCUUAUAAUACAGUAAUGACAAAGUUGAAGCCUGAAAUUGCUGCAUCUUUACAACAAAGUUUAGCUAGUGCUUCAGUGGCAGCAGAAGCACAAGUAAAACUUGGUGUUGAUGAGAUUCCUGUAGGUACUAGAUGCAAAAAUGGUGGAUGCUCUGCUGAAUAUCUAGGACCUGAUAGUGAUACAUCACCAUGUGUGCAUCAUCCUGGUAGUCCAGUGUUUCAUGAGGGCAUGAAGUACUGGUCUUGCUGUCAAAAACGUACAUCAGACUUCAACGUAUUUCUUAAUCAAGUUGGAUGCUCUACUGGUAAACAUGUCUGGAGGAAAAGUGAUGAAGAUGCAAAAUCCGUCGAGUGUCGUUGGGAUUUUCAUCAAACCGCUACACAUGUUAUUGUGUCAGUUUAUGCAAAACAAUAUAAUCCCAACAAGAGUGAAGUUCAGUUGAAUCCCAUUCGAUUGCAUGCAAAGCUUGUUUUCUCACAAGAAAAUGAUGCUGUUUUUACUUUGGAUCAUGAAUUGCAUGGUAUUGUUGAUGUAGAAAAGAGUAACGUGACAAUGUAUGGUACUAAAGUUGAGAUAAAACUUAAAAAGGCAUCGGCUGGACAUUGGACACGUUUAGAAGUGUUGCGCAAGACUCAAACUUCAGAAAACAGUUGUAAGUCUGAGAAAGUGGAGGCGUUGCAGAGUAAGAUCGAUUCGGUUGAUUUAAGUGAUUUAUAAUUUUAACAUUUUAAUACAUAUUUAAAUAUUACAAUAAAUUCGGACGGAAAACAACUUUUCCUGGUACUUUUCAUCGAAAGUAAUUCAACUUUUAGCUGUAUGUUGUUUUUGACACUUUUUAAAUGUAUUCACAUAGAAAAUUACUGAGAAAUGUUUGCCCGGAAAUAUUACUCAGUUCAAUGAUCAAAUAAACGCCUUAAAUUUAAUGAUACAAAA